CGCAGUGUUUACACCUACACGGAACAGGGCUGUGCACAGGCGCUGGCUGCACAGUCGGUUGAGCGUUGACACCUCGCCGUUGUUCCUGCUCGUCGUCAAAGGUUUGACUUGAGCCUGUAAUCUAACCAGUUUAGAAGUACUGCUGAAGACUCCAAGUGUGCGAAGAGGACGGGGGAUCGGUAGUGCGGCGAUGGCAGCGGCGACGGUAGUGGAGACUGAUCCGGCGGCGACCGAAGCUGGUGCCGCAUUCUCCGAGGUGCGGAACACGGGCUGGACUGAGUCCCAGCUUCGGAGGUAUCCCUUCCAAACCAGUCCCAUACCGAGAAUGUCCCACACGGACCCCAGAGCAGAAAUGCUGAUAAACAACGAGGAACCCGUGGUUUUAACGGAUACAAAUCUUGUAUAUCCAGCUCUCAAAUGGGACAUAGAGUAUCUUCAGGAGAACAUUGGGAAUGGAGAUUUCAAUGUUUACAUCGCAGAAAACCACAAAUUCCUCUACUAUGAUGAGAAAAAGAUGACCAACUAUGAGAAUUUUAUCCCCAAAUCCCAAAGAACGGAAAUGAAAUUCUCUGAAUUUGUAGAAAAAAUGCAUAAAACUGAGGAAAUGGGGGGAGAAGAGAGGGUUUACCUGCAGCAGACUCUGAAUGAUACAGUUGGGAAAAAGAUUGUUGUGGACUUCCUGGGCUUCAACUGGAACUGGAUCAACAAGCAGCAAGCCAAAAGAAACUGGGGACAGUUGACAUCCAACCUACUGCUCAUUGGCAUGGAGGGCAAUGUGACACCGGCACAUUACGAUGAGCAGCAAAACUUCUUUGCACAGAUUAAAGGUCACAAAAGGUGUAUCCUCUUCCCACCAGACCAGUUUGAGGGUCUCUAUCCAUAUCCUGUGCACCACCCCUGUGACAGACAGAGCCAAGUUGAUUUUGAUAACCCUGACUAUGAGAGGUUUCCCAAUUUCAAAAAUGUAGUUGGCUAUGAGGCUGUUGUGGGCCCAGGAGAUGUGCUGUACAUCCCCAUGUAUUGGUGGCAUCAUAUUGAGUCUCUUUUGAGUGGUGGAGUGACGAUCACUGUAAACUUCUGGUACAAGGGUGCCCCCACGCCUAAGAGGAUAGAGUACCCACUGCGAGCUCACCAGAAGGUGGCCAUCAUGAGAAAUAUUGAGAAGAUGCUGGGAGAGGCAUUAGGAGACCCACGUGAAGUUGGACCUUUACUGAACACGAUGAUCAAGGGGCGUUAUGACCAGGACCUGAGUUAGAACCCCAUCACAAAAGCAAUUACCAGACUGCUGCUGGAAAUGUGUGUGUGAGAGAAAACAAGACUUCUGUGUGUGUGUGUGUGUGUGUGUGUGCGUGUGUGCGUACGUGCACGCAGUGCACUCUGACUUUUGAGCUACUAUUGCAUGGCGAUACGCGACCACCCUGAAAGACACUGAAACCACUCUGCAUUGCUCACUUGUCUUCUUUCGUUGUAAAUCCAGACAGCAGGAAAAACCAUUUGACCAGGAACUCGAUGAAAAUUGGCUCUGCCUCCAGAUGUCCCCCCCCCCCCCCCACCGCCGCCGCCUAAGCUAAAUCAGCUCAUCUCCAGUGGAGUUUAGAAACAUUUGCAUGUGACAUGUUGUCCCAAGAGUAUUGUAAUCAAAGAUUCUUAAACAGCUCCAAGCACACCCUUUGGACUGAGUGGUGAAGCUUUCUCAACUGCUGAAGGCGGUCCCAGAUGUGGAGCUUUUGGGGUAAUGUUUACUUUAACACCACUGACGGGUGUGCUGCUGGUCGAUAGAUGCAAAUGUAGAUGGUAAAGUGUACCAGACAAUGUUUCCAAUCACAUAAUACCAACAUAACGAUGGCUUGAAUGCAGAAUGUGGAGGCCUUUCCAUAUCCCUGCAUCUGUAAUGUAGUCACGGCCAGGCUGCAAUAAUUUGAUAUCAACGGCCUUUUCUCAUUAGCACAUUGAAGAUUGAUGUGGUGCACGCCAAUCCAGUCCUCAUCAUUUAGUACUGAUUUAUCCGUCUGUAAGCUACAUUGAGUUUGUAGGCUUACUAACAAUGUCGGCAGCAAAGAAUUGCAGAAGUUUCAGUUUGCACUCGAUAAAACAAACAAAAACUGAUAAAAUAUGUUGGAAAAAAAACUAGGAAGAGACGCAAUUGACCGUUUUUAUUGACAAAAUAGAACAAAACAAUUGGCUUCUAAAAAUCACCUCAAGGUAUUGUUUUGAGGGUUUCACUUAUAUUUUGUUUGCCAUUGCUUGUUUGAUUUGUAUUUUUUACAAAAUAUUGGGUUUUCCUAAUUGGGUAGUUAAAAUUUGCUUUCCUACAAAUGGAACAUUACUUAAAAGAUAUAGAGCGCACUGAAAAAUCAUUGCACAUUGCCGUUUCUGCUGCAAAUAACUAAUUUUGAUGUUGCAAAAAAUAAGCUACCGUUUUGAUUAGGGGAAAGCAUUUAGUGGUUAUGUUUUGUUAGUGGUAAUGUUUUGUUAGCGGUACUGUUACAUGACAGUAGUGAUGUAUUUAAAGGGAAAAUCAGUUGUAACUGAUGUAACACAACUUAUGUAGCCACCAUAAUACAGAAAAUAUGACCCCUCAGUAUCGCUCUUAAAUUUUCCAUUUGAUUUAUCGCCACCUGGUCCACGUACUGCUGCUGUAUGCCGCUAAUGUGAAUAUAACCAUUCACAAGGUUAUAUUCCGUGCAGCAUAUUUGGGCCGAAAUACACAUAUUAAAACAAAAGCCAAUUAAAUUUACUUGCCUUCAUCAUUACACAUACUGUAAAUUAAGUACCUCCUAAAAAAAAGGUACUUGUAUCGUUUACUUCAGCUGUAUUUUGAAGGCUAUUGCAAUGGAAAGUGUCUAGAAAGAUGUCUCUUUUCUGUUAGCACUCUGAAAUGCUAUAUAAAAACACGCUACAGUAUACCAUUUAACAUCGCUGAGGGAACAGUUGUGCUUUAUGUGCCAAAAUGACCCUCGUAUCCAUUCAUUGAGAAUCUCAGUAUUUGGAGUGUUGUUUGGUCGCUCUUCUACACCGAAUGAACUGGUAUGAGUCAAAGGAGGGAAUAUUGCCAUGCUUCACAAAGUAUUAAGGAUGUAUUGUACAUCUUCAGGGGAGGUCUUCCAGAACUACACUAUAUGGACAAAAGUAUUGGGACACCUGGCCAUUACACCUACAGGAGCUUUUAUGACAUCCCAUUCUAAAUCCAUCGGCAUUAAUAUGGAGUUGGUACCCCCCCUUUGCAGCUAUAACGCUUCCACUCUUCUGGGAAGGCUUUCCACAAGAUUUUGGAGUGUGUCUGGGAAUUUUUGCCCAUUCAUCCAGAAGAGCAUUUGUGAGGUCAGGCACUGAUGUUGGAUGAGAAGACCUGACUUGCAAUCUCCGUUCUAGUUCAUCCCAAAGGUGUUUGAUGGGGUUGAGGUCAGGGCUCUGUGUGGGCCAGUCAAAUUCUUCCACACCAAACUCACCCAACCACGUCUUAAUGGACCUUGCUUUGUGCACUGGGGCACAGUCAUGCUGGAACAGAAAAGGCCCUCCCCACACUGUUCCCACAAAGUUGGAAGCAUAAAAACGUCUUGGUAUGCUGAAGCAUUAAGGUUUCCCUUCACUGGAAGUAAGGGGCCUAGCCCAACCCCUGAAAAACAACCCCAUACCAUUAUCCCUCCUCCACCAAACUUUACAGUUGGCACAAUGCAGUCAGGCAGGUCGCGUUCUGGCAUCCACCAAACCCAGACUCCAUCAGACUGCCAGACAGAGAAGUGUGAUUCGUCACUCCACAGAACACGUUUCCACUGCUCCAGAGUCCAGUGGCAGCGUGCUUUACACCACUCCAUCCGACGCUUCAUCGUGCUUGGCGAUGUAAGGCUUGCAUGCAGCUGCUCGGCCAUGGAAACCCAUUCCAUGAAGCUCCCGGUGCACAGUUUUUGUGCUGAUGUUAAUGCCAGAGGAAGUUUGGAGCUCUGCAGUUAUUGAGUCAACAGAGCGUUGGCAACUUUUACGCACUAUGCGCCUCAGCACUUGUUGACCCCGCUGUGUGACUUUACGUGGUUUUCCACUUGGUGGCUGAGUUGCUGUUGUUCCUAAAUGCUUCCACUUUUCAAUAAUACCACUUACAGUUGACUGUGGAAUAUCUAGUUGGGAAGAAAUUUCAUGAACUGACUUAUUGCAAAGGUGGCAUUCUAUGACAGUACCACGCUUGAAUUCACUGAGCUCUUCAGAACGACCCAUUCUUUCACCAAUGUUUGUAAAUGCAGACUGCAUGGCUAGCUGCUGGAUUUUAUACACCUGUGGCAAUGGGUCUGAAUGAAACACUUGAAUUCAAUGAUGAAGAGGUGUGUCCCAAUACUUUUGUCCAUAUAGUAUGUUCAGUCUAUCUUCAGGAUCCCAUCAUUGCUUGACCAUCUCCUGAUCACGUAUUUGCAUAUUUACUAAAGAGUAAAUAUGCAAAUAGUACAUUAUAAUCAAAGGAGUUGAAUCAAGUGCAACCGGACUUGGUAUAUAUCCGUGAAGACAUUUCGCCUCUCAUCCAAGAGGCUUCCUCAGUUCGUGCCUUUCUGACUAGACCAAGCUAGUUUGACUGGCUGGUGAUGAGACUCAGAAUUUAUCCUCUUUACCACUCAUAUCUAUGGCUCUGUUAGCGACAGGCGUUGGUAAACAUCAGAACACAAGAGCCAUGGACAUCUAUAGUUCUGACGACUCCAAAGAGGAUAAAUUCUGAGUCUCAUCACCAGCCAGUCAGACUAGCUUGGUCUAGUCAGAAAGGCACGAACUGAGGAAGCCUCUUGGAUGAGAGGCGAAACGUCUUCACGGAUAUACAGUGGUGUGAAAAAGUGUUUGCCCCCUUCCUGAUUUCUAAUUUUUUUGCAUGUUUGUCACACUUAAAUGUUUCAGAUCAUCAAACAAAUUUAAAUAUUAGACAAAGAUAACAAGUAAACACAAAAUGCAGUUUUUAAAUGAAGGUUUUUAUUAUUAAGGGGGGAAAAAAAUCCAAAGCUACAUGGUCCUGUGUGAAAAAGUGAUUGCCCCCUAAACCUAAUAACUGGUUGGGCCACCCUUAGCAGCAACAACUGCAAUCAAGCGUUUGCGAUAACUGGCAAUGAGUCUUUUACAGCGCUGUGGAGGAAUUUUGGCCCACUCAUCUUUGCAGAAUUGUUGUAAUUCAGCCACAUUGGAGGGUUUUCGAGCAUGAACCGCCUUUUUAAGGUCAUGCCACAGCAUCUCAAUCGGAUUCAGGUCAGGACUUUGACUAGGCCACUCCAAAGUCUUCAUUUUGUUUUUCUUAAGCCAUUUAGAGGUGGAUUUGCUGGUGUGUUUUGGAUCAUUGUCCUGCUGCAUAACCCAAGUGCGCUUCAGCUUGAGGUCACGAACAGAUGGCCGGACAUUCUCCUUCAGGAUUUUUUGGUAGACGGCAGAAUUCAUGGUUCCAUUUACCACAGCAAGUCUUCCAGGUCCUGAAGCAGCAAAACAGCCCCAGACCAUCACACUACCACCACCAUAUUUUACUGUUGGUAUGAUGUUCCUUUUCUGAAAUGUUGUGUUACUUUUACACCAGUUGUAAUGGGACACACACCUUCCAAAAAGUUCAACUUUUGUCUCGUCAGUCCACAGAGUAUUUUCCCAAAAGUCUUGGGGAUCAUCAAGAUGUUUUCUGGCAAAACUGAGAUGAGCCUUUAUGUUCUUUUUGCUCAGCAGUGGCUUUCGUCUUGGAACUCUGCCAUGCAGGCCAUUUUUGCCCAGUCUCUUUCUUAUGGUGGAGUCAUGAACACUGACCUUAACUAAGGCAAGUGAGGCCUGCAGUUCUUUGGAUGUUGUUGUGGGGUCUUUUGUGACCUCUUGGAUGAGUCAUCGCUGCGCUCUUGGGGUAAUUUUGGUCGGCCAGCCACUCCUGGGAAGGUUCACCACUGUUCCAUGUUUUUGCCAUUUGUGGAUAAUGGCUCUCACUGUGGUUCGCUGGAGUCCCAAAGCUUUAGAAAUGGCUUUAUAACCUUUUGCAGACUGAUAUAUUUCAAUUACUUUGUUUCUCAUUUGUUCCUGAAUUUCUUUGGAGCGCAGCAUGAUAUCUACGUAGCUUUUGAGGAUCUUUUGGUCUACUUCACUUUGUCAGGCAGGUCCUAUUUAAGUGAUUUCUUGAUUGAGAAGAGGUGUGGCAGUAAUCAGGCCUGGGUAUGGCUAGAGAAAUUGAACUCAGCUUUCCAAAGAUGUGAUAAACCACACUUAAUUUAUGUUUU